AUACAUAUCAUUUGCGCGUGCACGAGACGCGCGCCGCUGCCAUCUUUCCAGUAAACCGACUUCUAGGAAAAAGCCUCAUUCGCUACCGUCCACCACACCCCCCAUACCGAGGGCAACGGGGCACGAUAUACCAAAUAACGGGGGUCGGGAUUCGCGUGUCGGGUGUUUUCUGCGUUAAUCCGCGGCACCGCGGAUGCGCGUCCACGUUCCGCGCACCUGAUGGAACCCGCGUCCAGAUUGAAUUCUGCCCCCGAACUGGAUGCGCGGCCAUGGAUUCCGGUCCAGGACCUGGAGUGAUCCUGUUCGCCUGUACCAGUUCCAGUCCAGACAGCCCCUCCAGUGGAUACCAGACUCUCAGUCCUUCGCCUCACUCCCGUCCGUCCUCACCCGAGGAUGUUUCCUCCUCCGACCUCUCGUCCGUCCAUCACAGGAGCGCACGGAGAGAUUCGAACCCUGGAUCCUGCACCCCUGCACCACCCACACUCACCUUCCAGGUUCAGGAAGUCAGCAGCGCGCAUGUGUCCUCAUCUGGGCGGAGUACGUACCCGCCCUCGGUCACGCCGGCCAAAAAACCAUGCGGCCCUUUCACAAAAUACGCCGGUAUGAUGCUGCUGUGUAAAGUGUGUGGUGACGUGGCGUCAGGGUUUCAUUAUGGAGUUCACGCGUGUGAAGGAUGCAAGGGGUUCUUCAGACGCAGCAUCCAGCAGAACAUCAGCUAUAAGAUCUGCACCAAGAACCAGAACUGUGUGAUCGUGAGGAUGAACAGGAACCGCUGUCAGCACUGUCGCUUCAAAAAGUGUCUCUCAGUCGGCAUGUCCAGGGACGCCGUACGUUUCGGGCGGAUCCCCAAACGUGAGAAGCAGCGACUGCUGGAUGAAAUGCGGAGCAGCGCGGCCGCCAAGAUGGACUCGACCACACCCGCCGAAGCCCCGCCCACCAAGACCACGUUCAGUUCUCCAGAUGGCCAAUCGGAAGCCGGUUUUUUAAACGAGGAACAGAAAUGGGAAAACAGCGCCGAGUCCACCAGCGCACUUCCUGUCGUUCCCCAAACCGCUCCCCGCGUUUACCCCCCUUCAGCUCUGAGCUGCCCCCACCAGGGCGGAUUCGUACCUGCUGAUCCCAAAAACAUCUCAGAACUUGACGAUGCUACGGGAACUUCAUCUGAGAGUGACAUCACAGCGGCGACGCCCUACUCCCGGAGCACCCGUGGAAAAUUUCUGGCGUGUCCCCUGAAUUCGGGCCCCGUGUCCCCCUCUGAGCGCUCCACUCAGGAGAUGUGGGAGGACUUCUCGCGGAGCUUCAGUCCGGCCGUCAGAGACGUGGUGGAGUUCUCACGCAGCGUCCCGGGGUUCAGUUCCCUCCACCAGCACGACCAGAUCCGCCUGCUCAAAUCCGGAACCUUCCAGGUUUUAUUGGUGCGUUUUUGUUCGCUCUUCGAUGCCAGGCAGCGGAUGGUGACGUUUCUCAGCGGGCAGACGUACCCGCUGGCAUCGUUACGGGCGCUCGGUAUGGGCACCUUACUGGACGGCAUGUUCGAGUUCAGUGAGAAACUCACCACGCUGGGACUGGAGCAGGACGAGAUGGCGCUGUUCAUGGCCGUGGUGCUGCUGUCUUCAGACCGUACGGGUAUUUCCAACGUGGUGGCUGUGGAGAAGCUACAGGAGGAUCUGAUCAACUCUCUGCGCUCCCUCCUGACACAGAGACGUCCGAACGAUGUAGAGAUUUUCGCCAGGUUGCUGCUACGUCUUCCAGACCUGCGAACGUUAAACCGGUUGCACUCGGAGAAGCUCUCGGCCUUCCGUAUCGACUCGUGAAUGAAAGAUUUAACACGAGUGAGAGCUAAGCUACACUGCUGCCUUAACAAAGGGAAAAUAUGUUUAAUAUUAGCACGUUUAAUCACGCGCUCUUAAUUAAUGUCAUGAUUAUUGCCUAUAAUUCUGUUAUUGUUUACAUUAUUAUUAUAGAAAUUAUAAUUAAGAGUUAUUUUAAAUAUUAAUACUUGUAUUUUAGCAUCUACAUUAAGUACAUGUGGUUUAUGUGUGUUUGAAUUCGUUUGAGCUUUUAGCGACCCCUCUGGUGGAAGUGUGUUACUGCAGGUCAGGCAGAGCUAAAUAUUUCAUUGCACAUGAACGGUGUCGUGUUUUUUCUGUCCAAAAUCUAGCGAGCAGCAGCUCAGGACGUUAUUUUAAAUUCGUGUUUAAUGGGUCCAACUGAGCCCGGGUGCAGAAUCUCACUUCAUGUGCAUUACCAGGUAAAAAUGCAACAAAUAUAAAUAAAAACAGCAGGAUUCAUUUGAAUGUCUGUGUGGGUUUAGCCUGGACCCAUCCACAAGCCUUUAAAUUUACAAUCCAAGCAGAAUAUAGGAAGUGGACUAGAUCAGCUAGUUAGCAUCUCUUAAAAUAAAAACCUGUUUGAAAGCUAACGCUAGCCGAAUAUCCCACGGCGGAAGCCUGGCUGCUCUGGUGAGCCGCUUAACUACCUCAGAGAGACGCUAUACACAGGAAGAACCGAACCCAAUCCCUAGACUGAUGCUGAAUGAUACACCUACUAGCUUACGCUGCUACACUCCAGCUAAACACAUUAACAGUUGUGUCGCUGGUCCUGGUCUAAAUUCCCCUGGUGUUUUUAUUUUGAUCAGUAAUGGUUUAAAGGGAAAAUGCUGCACCUCUUUAAAAUGUCUGGACUUUUAAUAGCAAAAACAAAAUGCAAGAUGUGAGUGUUCUGUUCAUAUCACUUAUUUUCUACUGUUUGUUGCCUUAAUUUAGUCAUAUCUAAUUCCCCUGCACUGCUGCAGACCUUGACCAUGAUCCGUACUUAACACACGUCCCCUCCGACCGCUUCGUUUCCCCAUCACGAGCUCGGUUCACACAGACAAAACAAGUCAGGCACUGCUGUCCGUUAUUCACUGUCUCUGUGCAGCGCCUUUCUCCGACCCUCCCACCCUCAGACACAGCCCAUCAUGUCUGUGUAAGCGCCCGAGUGCCGAGCAGCUCAUCAUUUUGAUAUCAUUUUCUUUCUCUUAUUUUCUGGUUUAUUUAGUUUUAUCAGCGGCUCAGAUCUGUUAUGUUUAUGAAGCCUGAUGAUGUUUGGGGAAUGUGGUGUGAUUAUAGGAAUGAUGUGAAUGUCGUGACGCUUUAUUAUUAUUCAAUCUCACGCCGUUGCCUGUUUGUGUUCUUAUAUCGAGCCUUUAUAUCAUCGUGUACGAGUCUGAAUGCAAUAAAUAUAUAAUAAAUAUUCUCAUUUGUUUGUAUAAAAUCAGUGAAAAAGGAAAAUUUAUUUGUAUCAGAAAAUUAAAAUCAUUUAUUGUUUUUCUUUCA